AUGAGACCGUGCCGUCGGGAUGCCGGCAAGCGCCAACUCUUGCCGCCGCACCGCCGCCAGCUGAUGAGUGCGGCGCUAAGCGGUGGCUGCGACCACCGCGCCGUGUCGAGAGGCAGCGGACAGCUGCCCCUGGAACGAAGACGCCGCUGGAGCUCGGCUCUUCCAUCGGAACGACGUGGAGACAGAGGUGCUCUGCGCUGGUGCCUCACAGUGGGAGUCUCCCUUCUUCUCUGCGCCACUUGCAGCACAGGUGAUCCCGACCGUUACUCGCAGGUCAAGGAGACGCACAAUGGCACCUACCUGUCCCAGUACGAGUGGAGUGUGCGCGACAUGUACGCGCUCCUGCAGCGCUCGUCUGUCAUGCACGGAGUCAACCUGGCGGGCCCCGACUUCUACACGGGCAAGCCCGGCUACCGAGUGCGGCUGGGACUGUCCUUCGGCAGGAUCAAUCCGUCCAACGGGGUACCCUACAUGGGCGUCUGGUUCACCAUCCUGCGCGGCCGCUACGACGACGCACUCGAGUGGCCCUUCCAGUACCGCUUCAACAUCACCGUGGUCGACCCGUCGGGUUUGGGACAGGACGCUCACGUCUCCAUGAACCCGAUGACGGCCAUCUGCCGACUGCGCAAACAGUUCCAACGACCCACCGAGCGCAGGAACGACGGCGUCGAAGGGUGCGGCAAGUCAUUCCUCAUUCCGCACAGCAAGGUGCUCGGGUAUGUGUCCGACGACACCCUCCAGGUGCGACUCAGCAUAUUCCUCGAGGACAAGGGCGCCAUUCCCAAGAGGGCCAAGGCCUACAUGCGCGGUCACCAGCUCGUCUCCGAGUUUCAGUGGGCCGUGGAUGACAUCGACGCCAAGAUCAAGCAGGCCCGCAAGGGUGAGCCGCAGCCGCUGACGAGCGACCUCUUCUACAUAAACAGCGAGAGCUACCUGAUGGUGCUUCAGCUGACCUUCCACUCGGAGGAUGAACACCUGGGACUAUUCGCCGUCGUCAUUCCCGGAGAGUUCGACGACACGCUAGAGUGGCCGCUGUCGUACAGCUUCGAGCUGUCCAUAGUGGAUCAGUCGGCGGGCUUCCUGACCGCCGACCGCAAAGGCGUGAUCGACCCGACCUCGGGUGUCUGCCCGCUCAGCGCGUUCACCAAACCGCAGUUCCAGCCCAACACACCGUGCGGCUUCCGCAAACUCGUCUCAUUUAGUGCCCUCGAGCGGAGCAAUUUCAAGAAAGAUGGCAAGAUUCUACUACGCUUCACGGCCAUCCUUGACCAGAUGCCAAAUUUUGCCUCUGUGUCGGUGAAGGAUCGUCACCUGGUAGCCGAGUACGUCUGGAAAGUGCCCAGCGUGGAAAGAAAAAUCGCCCUUGCUACUUCAGGCAGGCCUUCGAACCUGCUGAGCGAGCGGUUCUACACCAGGCACCAGGGCUAUCUCAUGCAGAUGCAGCUCAAGUUCCAGAAUUAUACGAACGGCAGCAUAGGCGUUUUCCUCACGCUUCUAGAAGGCGGCUACGACUCUCUGGCACAGUGGCCCUUCGUGAAGCGCUUCGACCUCAUCAUCAUCGAUCAGCAGCACGGAAAAAGGGGCAAUGAUGUGGUGGUAGCCGUGGAUCCAAAUAACCCGUACAUCAAGAACGAAGCGUGCGUCGGCUCCUUCUGGAGGCCAUUCGGACGCAACGACGCGUGCGGGUCUUCUAGUGCCAUUUCCUAUGACGAAGUUUACAAUCGCAAGUACAUACGCUACGGAAGCCUACUUGUCAAGGUAGUCGUCUACAUGGAGGAGAUCGAGCCACCAAACAUGGCAAGACUGGUGUUUCGGGACGACAGUGUCGUCGCCGAGUACGACUGGCUCGUCCCGGACAUAAAGGAAAAAGUGGCACAGGCAAAGCUCGGCAACGCACAGUUUGUAGACAGCGACAAGUUUUACCUGACCAACGGAGGCUACCGCGUGAUGCUGCGCCUUUACCCGGAGAAGGCGUCCGGUUAUGUCGGCCUGUACGUAGUCUUCACGCGAGGCGCCUACGACGACGUACUCGAGUGGCCAUUCACACACAAGUACGAAAUGGUGAUUGUCGACCAGAAGGAAGACUCCUCGACUGACAUAGUGCACACGACGUUCGCGGCGUCCGGCUGCCCGGACAUAGCACUUCAGAAGCCCACUCAAGAACUGGCCGAGUGGAGCUGUGGCGAGAGCCGCAUGGCGAGCCACGCGGCGCUCCUGAACGGAGGUUACGUACGCGACGGUGCCAUCCGCGUACGGUUCCGCGUGUUCCUCAAAGAAUACGCAAGUCACGUGGCAUCCGUCACUGUGCGGAACAACGCACUCGUCUCCGAGUACCUCUGGGAACUCAAGGAUGCGCCCGCCAAGGUGAACCUGCUGCAGAACGCUGGCUUCGCCAAGGUCGAAAGUCCCAUCUUCUACACGGGAAACCAGGGCUACGCCCUAAGGAUGAGCCUGGUACUCAACAAGGUGACGACGCCGUUGCAGACUCUUGCCAGCAACGACGACCAGAGCGUCUUGGGCAUCUACUUCACGCUCUGGAAGGGAAGGCACGACGCCGUACUGAAGUGGCCCUUCCCGCACGUCAUCACGCUAGCCGUCGUCGAUACGGCGAGUGGCCGGGCGGACCUCUCUAAGACCGUUGACCCGACACACGCGCGAUGUCCGCUCGAGGCUUUCCACAGGCCAAAGACAAUGCGCAACGACCACGCCUGCGGGUUCUCUGCCUUCAUGGCAGUCGAGCGACUGGGCGAUUACAUUCGCGACGGCUCGCUGGUCAUCAGGGCCACGAUCGACAUGAGAAGCUGACGGCCGGAGUGAAGUAGACACGUGAACUUCUUUCGUGUGUUUGUGCCAUAUCCAUGUCACAGUAUACAGAUCUCUCAAGGCACGCGUUAUGAGCUGAUGAACAGACGGACGCGGCGCGUACUGUAGGCCACAGAGAAAAUGCGUCGCGAGGACUGUGCCAAUCGUGCGCUCAUUCCCAAGCGUUUUCUCCGGAAGGUUGUUAGGACUAUCUGCAAAAAUGAGUGCGGAACUAUGGCACUGCCCUGUUGUUCCAUCGGAGCGGUUUGCUAUUCCCCGAUAUCCGACCUAACUGCUCUGGCCUCCCUGUACCCCAGCUUACGCAAUCGUAGUUCUUUCUGUGGAUGUCCGCUUGCGUUGCCGAGCCUUCUCGCGAAAGUUCGCUUACUUACACGAGGGCAUAUUGGGAGUCGAAUGAAACCAUACACAGACAACACGUGCGCUACGUGCGCAUGUUAUAAAAGACGCCCGUGUGAACCCGCUUCGUCAAAGUAUACAACACACUUUCAGACACAGUUGGGAGAUCUAAUCCCCAGCAGUUUCAAAUGCAAUGCGCCUAUUCGCUUUCGCAGCACGUCUGCAUCUGAGGAACACGAACACCGACAAGAGGAAAAGUUUGAACUCGCAUGUCGCAGCAAGAGCGCGAAAUAUAGGCAGGGGGGAAAAAUGCGCUUUCGAUCGGGAAAAACUCUGAUCACACCCGGCCUGGGAAGAUUCACUCCGCUUAAAGCAGCGGUCCGGGGCUGCGCUAUGGCCCAGAGCGCAGCCUUCAGUCACUCUAUGUAUAUCUUAAAGAAGACAAAAUUCUGCGAAGUGCUCAUAACCACCUUAUGCGGAACGAACAAAGUGAUCCAUUCCGGUAAAAAAAAAGGUAAGAAAUAAAGGAAGAUGAAGAGUGCAGGAAGUACUCCUACAUUGCAAAGGCCAGAAUGAAUAUACGGAGCUCAAACUUCUGAAAACACGUAUGAAAGUCGAGCAUCCUAAACGUGUACUGCCACACCAUGCACUGGUAUUUGCGUUAAACUCCUUCGCCAACGUGAACGAAUGCGCGUUCUGUUUAGAAUCACACAGAAACCAAAGCUGCAAGACUUUAUAGAAUGCGUGAACAAAUAAAGAAAUAAAAGCGCACUUGACUAACGCGUAAGUGAUCCAGGUAAAUCCCGUGGCUCGAUAAUAAAGCUCUUCCUGACGUGUUUGUUAUGGUGCAUUACGCACGUGAGAACUGGCGUAAGCAACGACGUUUAACCUAAGCUACAACCUUGUAGACGCAGCUAUGGUAUAUUACAUUGAUAGCUCACUAAAUCUAUACCGCUAUUCUGGACUCCACAAACGAACCUCUCAUUUACUUACCGAAACACGGCCACAUAAUGCAAGCGCGUGCAUGCAGCGGCCGUGGCUGGACAUUGUGAAAUACCGUUAUACUGUAAAACUCCCCGCAUAAGCGACAGUUCACAGCCUUAUGACGUAGCUGUUACGGCCUCUGCUAUUUUAUAAUGCCAACAGGGUUCGACCAUAACUUGGGGUCGUUAAAGAAUCUACAAACAUAAAGUUUUUAUAUAGGGCGACGUCGAAUAUAUACAAAAAAACACGUCAUUGCCACAGGAAAACGCCCAUUCUCCUGCACACAACAUCUGCACCCACCUCAAAAGAGUCUCUACACUCCCCAAAAUG